CGCUGGAUUCUGCCCCAACACUCCAAACGGCUCCAGGCACGCCCUCUCGCUCACUCUGUCUUUCUCUUGCGGUGUCCUGGUCGUAUUAUUUUCGCUAGGUCAAUUGCUGGCUUGGAGCGUGGUCAAGAGUCCUCGUCCUCUCUCGUUUCCUCUUUAAGGUCCUGGCGUAUCGUGCCAUGGUCCUUUGACUUGUGUCACUUCCUCCUCCAACUUUUUUUUCCCCUUCUUUGCCCACCUCCUCUCCGGGCUUACUUAUCGGCCCAUUAUUGUGGCCUCCUCUCUGAUCUCACGGCCUCUUCAAAAAGAUUUUUUUUUCAAAGACUGUAACCAGACGGGCCUCUUGGUGCCUGGGUUGCUGUGCAGAAAGAGGUCUUCGAGCUUCUUUGGGGCCGUCUUACCGCCAUUGAGCUCUUUAAUCCGACAUUUUCUUGAUACCCGUAUUCUUUCUUUCUUACCUUCACAAUGCGCCCCGAAGUCGAGCAGGAGCUGGCUCACACCCUGCUGGUGGAGCUUCUGGCAUACCAGUUUGCUUCUCCAGUGAGAUGGAUUGAGACCCAGGAUGUUAUUCUCGCGGAGAAGCGCACGGAGCGUAUCGUCGAGAUCGGUCCGGCGGACACGUUGGGCGGCAUGGCACGACGGACGAUUGCCUCCAAGUACGAAGCCUACGAUGCUGCUACAUCAGUGCAACGACAGAUUCUCUGCUACAACAAGGACGCCAAGGAAAUCUACUAUGAUGUCGAUCCCGUCGAAGAUGAGCCGGAGCCAGAGGCUGCUCCCGCCGCCAGCGCUUCCCCGGCUGCUGCUGCGGCCCCUGCGGCGGCUGCUCCUGCUGCUGCGCCUGCCCCGAGUGCAGGUCCCGCUCCUCAGGUCGAAGACGCGCCAGUCACAGCAGUGGAUGUGCUGAGGACAUUAGUUGCACAGAAAUUGAAGAAGAGCAUCGCAGAUGUUCCAUUGAGCAAGGCCAUCAAGGAUCUGGUUGGCGGUAAAUCGACCCUGCAGAAUGAAAUUCUGGGUGACCUGGGCAAAGAAUUUGGCUCGACGCCGGAAAAGCCAGAGGAUACGCCUCUGGACGAAUUGGGUGCCGCCAUGCAGGCAACCUUCAACGGCCAAUUGGGCAAGCAGUCAUCCUCGUUGGUGGCACGUAUGGUAUCCGCUAAGAUGCCUGGUGGAUUCAACAUCACAGCGGUCAGGAAAUACUUGGAGACAAGAUGGGGACUGGGACCUGGUAGACAAGACGGUGUCCUGCUACUUGCCUUGACCAUGGAGCCCCCAUCGCGUCUCGCUGCUGAGGCUGACGCAAAGGCGUACUUUGACGGUGUCGCCAACAAAUAUGCGGCCAGUGCUGGCAUUAGCCUGUCUGCACCAACCGCCAGCGGCGACUCUGGCGCCGGUUCUGGCGCCAUGAUGAUGGACCCUGCUGCGAUCGACGCACUGACCAAGGACCAGCGCGCACUGUUCAAGCAGCAGCUCGAGAUCAUCGCGCGCUAUCUCAAGAUGGAUCUGCGUGCUGGUGAGAAGGCCUUUGUCACGUCCCAAGAGUCUCAGAAGGCACUACAAGCGCAGCUGGAUCUUUGGCAGACGGAGCACGGCGAUAUUUAUGCCUCCGGCAUUGAGCCCUCUUUCGACCCUCUGAAGGCUCGUGUCUACGAUUCUUCCUGGAACUGGGCUCGUCAGGAUGCGCUCAGCAUGUACUACGACAUCAUUUUCGGCAGGCUGAAGGUCGUCGACCGUGAAAUUGUUAGCCAGUGUAUUCGCAUCAUGAACCGAUCGAAUCCCCUCUUGCUGGAUUUCAUGCAGUACCACAUCGAUAACUGCCCGACGGAACGCGGUGAGACCUAUCAGCUUGCCAAGGAACUGGGUCAGCAGCUCAUUGAGAACUGCAAGGAGGUUCUCGGACAAGCCCCUGUAUACAAGGAUGUCGCAGUCCCUACCGGACCCCACACGACUGUUGAUGCUCGCGGAAACAUCGAGUACCAGGAAGUACCUAGGGCUAGCGCUAGGAAGCUUGAACACUACGUCAAACAAAUGGCUGAAGGCGGUCCGAUUUCUGAAUACAGCAAUCGGGCAAAGGUCCAGAAUGACCUGAAGAAUGUCUACAAGCUCAUUCGCAGGCAACACAGACUUUCCAAGUCGUCCCAGUUGCAGUUCAACGCUCUCUACAAGGAUGUCGUCCGUGCUCUUGCUAUGAACGAGAGCCAGAUCAUGCCGCAGGAGAAUGGCCAGGCGAAGAAACCCGGUCGUAACGGCUCCAGAAACGGUGCCACUCGCACCGGAAAGGUUGAGACCAUUCCCUUCUUGCACCUCAAGAAGAAGGAGGAGCACGGCUGGGAAUACAACAAGAAGCUGACCGGCAUCUACCUGGACGGUCUCGAGUCUGCGGCCAGAUCUGGAGUCACUUUCCAGGGCAAGAAUGCUUUGAUGACCGGUGCUGGAGCUGGUUCUAUCGGCGCUGAGGUUCUCCAGGGACUUAUUAGCGGUGGUGCCAAGGUCAUCGUUACCACCAGUCGCUUCUCUCGCGAAGUCACUGAGUACUAUCAAUCCAUGUAUGCCCGUUACGGAGCUCGUGGUUCCCAACUUGUCGUCGUUCCUUUCAACCAGGGUAGCAAACAAGACGUGGAUGCUCUCGUCGACUACAUCUAUGACACCAAGAAGGGUCUGGGCUGGGAUCUGGACUACGUUGUCCCCUUCGCGGCCAUUCCCGAGAACGGUCGCGAAAUUGACAACAUCGAUUCCAAGUCGGAACUUGCUCACAGAAUUAUGUUGACCAACCUCCUUAGACUUCUCGGUGCCGUCAAGACGCAGAAGCAGGAGAGAGGUUUCGAGACCCGUCCAGCUCAGGUUAUCCUUCCCUUGUCCCCCAACCACGGUACCUUCGGAAACGAUGGCCUGUACUCAGAGUCAAAGUUGGGCUUGGAGACUCUGUUUAACCGCUGGUACUCUGAGAGUUGGGCUAACUACCUUACAAUCUGCGGUGCUGUCAUCGGCUGGACCCGCGGCACUGGUCUCAUGAGUGGAAACAACAUGGUCGCUGAAGGCGUCGAGAAGCUCGGAGUUCGCACCUUCUCUCAGCAGGAGAUGGCCUUCAACUUGCUCGGCCUCAUGGCUCCCGCCAUCGUUGAUCUUUGCCAGUCGGACCCUGUCUGGGCUGAUCUGAACGGUGGUCUCCAGUUCAUCCCCGACCUGAAGAAGCUCAUGACAAAGCUCCGCCAGGACAUCAUGGAGACCAGCACUGUUCGUCAGGCCGUCAUCAAGGAGACUGCCAUUGAGAACAAGAUUGUGAACGGUGAAGAUAGCGAGGCUUUGUACAAGAAGGUCACCACCGAGCCCCGUGCCAACAUCAAGUUCGAAUUCCCUCAGCUGCCCAAGUGGGAAGAGAUCGAGCCGCUUAACGCACAGCUCAAGGAUAUGGUCAACCUCGACAAAGUUGUCGUCGUCACCGGUUUCUCCGAAGUUGGUCCCUGGGGUAACUCCCGCACCCGAUGGGAGAUGGAGGCCUAUGGCAAGUUUUCUUUGGAAGGCUGUGUCGAAAUGGCCUGGAUCAUGGGCCUCAUUCGUAACCAUAACGGUCCUCUGAAGGGCAAGUCCUACUCCGGCUGGGUUGACGCAAAGACUGGGGAACCAGUUGACGACAAGGACGUCAAGUCGAAGUACGAGAAAUUCAUCCUGGAGCACUCUGGUAUUCGACUUAUCGAGCCGGAGCUGUUCAAGGGAUACGAUCCCAAGAAGAAGCAGCUGCUCCAGGAAAUCGUCAUCCAGGAAGACCUUGACCCAUUCGAGGCCUCGAAGGAGACCGCCGAAGAGUUCAAACGGGAGCAUGGUGACAAGGUGGAGAUCUUCGAAAUCCCCGAGUCGGGCGAAUACACCGUGCGCCUGAAGAAGGGAGCCACUCUUUUCAUUCCCAAGGCCCUGCAGUUCGACCGACUGGUCGCCGGCCAGAUCCCAACCGGCUGGGAUGCGAAGAGAUAUGGUAUUCCAGACGACAUCAUUGAGCAGGUCGACCCAGUUACUCUGUUUGUGCUUGUCUGUACCGCAGAGUCCCUGCUCUCGUCUGGUAUCACUGAUCCAUAUGAGUUCUACAAGUAUGUCCACAUCUCCGAAGUCGGAAACUGCAUUGGUUCGGGUAUCGGUGGUACCCAUGCCCUGAGAGGAAUGUACAAGGACCGGUACCUCGACAAGCCUCUUCAGAAGGAUAUUCUGCAGGAGUCCUUCAUUAACACCAUGAGCGCAUGGGUUAACAUGCUCCUCCUCUCCUCUACCGGUCCUAUCAAGACUCCUGUGGGUGCUUGUGCUACUGCUGUCGAGUCCGUCGAUAUCGGUUACGAGACCAUCGUCGAAGGCAAGGCUCGUAUCUGUUUCGUUGGUGGAUUCGAUGACUUCCAGGAGGAGGGUUCCUACGAAUUCGCGAACAUGAAGGCCACUAGCAAUGCGGAAGACGAAUUCGCCCAUGGCCGUACUCCUCAAGAGAUGUCCCGACCUACUACUACUACCCGUAGCGGCUUCAUGGAGUCCCAAGGUUGUGGUAUGCAAGUCAUCAUGAGCGCCCAGCUGGCCCUUGACAUGGGUGUACCCAUCUAUGCCAUCCUCGGCUUGACCACCACUGCAACGGACAAGAUCGGUCGCUCAGUCCCGGCUCCUGGACAGGGUGUCCUCACCACUGCUCGUGAGAACCCCGGCAAGUUCCCGUCCCCGCUCCUUGAUAUCAAGUACCGCAGACGCCAGCUGGAGUUGCGCAAGAACCAGAUCAAGCAGUGGCAAGAAUCAGAACUCUUGUACCUCCAGGAAGAGGUUGAGGCUAUGAAGGCGCAAGCUACCGAACCGUUCGAUGAGAAGGAGUAUAUGCAGGAGAGAGCCCAGCACAUCGAUCGCGAGGCUGUCCGCCAGGUCAAGGAGGCCCAGUACAGUCUCGGAAACAACUUCUGGAGGCAAGAUCCUCGCAUUGCUCCUCUGAGAGGAGCAUUGGCCACUUGGGGUCUUACGAUCGACGAUCUCGAUGUUGCGUCGUUCCACGGUACCUCUACCGUUGCUAACGACAAGAAUGAAUCCGAUGUCAUCUGUCAGCAACUGAAGCACCUCGGACGCAAGAAGGGCAACGCGAUCAUGGGUAUCUUCCAGAAGUACCUUACUGGACACCCCAAGGGUGCAGCUGGUGCAUGGAUGCUCAACGGAUGUCUGCAGGUCCUCAACAGCGGUCUUGUGCCCGGAAACCGCAAUGCAGACAAUGUCGACAAGGUCAUGGAGAAGUUCGACUACAUCGUGUACCCCAGUCGUAGCAUCCAGACCGACGGUAUCAAGGCAUUCUCCGUUACUUCAUUCGGUUUCGGUCAGAAGGGCGCGCAGGCUAUUGGUAUCCACCCCAAGUACCUGUAUGCAGUGUUGGACAAAGCCCGAUUCGAAUCGUACAAGACCAAGGUCGAAGCCCGUCAGAAGAAGGCUUACCGCUACUUCCACAAUGGUCUGAUCAACAACACCCUGUUUGUGGCCAAGAACAAGUCCCCCUACGAGGACAACCUCCAGGCCAAGGUCUUCCUGAACCCCGAUUACCGUGUGACGGUGGACAAGAAGACUGCGGAGCUGACCUAUCCUGCGGUCCCUCCAAAGCCCGCGUCCGAGGAUCUGGCCAGCACCCAAAAGGUGGUCGAAUCCCUCGCCAAGGCUGCCGCGGUUGAGAACUCGAAGGUCGGCGUUGACGUCGAGAGUGUCCAGGCGAUCAAUGUUGACAACGAGACCUUCAUUGAGAGGAACUUCACAUCCAAUGAGCAAGUGUAUUGCCGCAAGGCCCCAUCUCCCCAGGCCUCCUUUGCCGGCCGGUGGAGCGCUAAGGAGGCUGUGUUCAAGUCUCUCGGAGUCAGCAGCAAGGGUGCCGGUGCUCCGCUGAAGGACAUUGAAAUCGUGAAUGAUGAAAAUGGAGCUCCUGUGGUUAAGCUUCAUGGCGCCGCUGCAGAGGCUGCAGAGAAAGCCGGUGUCAAGCAGGUGAAUGUCAGCAUCAGCCACAGCGACUCGCAAGCAAUCGCUAUUGCGGUUGCGAAGUUCUAAUUCAUGUAGCAUAAACCGCAAAAGCCAACCUUUAGUUGGGCGUGUGUCAUUGCAAGCACGAUUUCGAAGGUGCGAAAAAAGUGAUAGAGGCACAUCUACAUUUGUUUGAUGGCAGGAUGUUCUGCUUGACAACUGUUUAUUAUUUUUCUUUUAUGCAGAUAAUGAGGUUAGAUAGCAUGAUAGUUAUUGUUUUCGUUUACUAAUUUUUCCGACCAAUGAGGAAGGUCCAGCAUGUCUACAUUUACUGUAAUGAGUUUAGAAUAUGAUAUUAUUAUUAUUAUUAUUACAACAAGUUCAGAAAUC